ACCCUGCUCCCUCCUGGCACCAUCUCCUUUGCUUCCCCAAGGUCCCUGUGGGCACACAAGGCAAGGAGGCCAGGAGGAGCUGGGUGCCAGACCCCCUCCAUCCCAGUCGCCUGAGGCAUCCCCUAGCCACCACUGUGAGAGCUGGGAGGCCAGGCAGGCCUGUGGUCACCACGGUACAGGUGCACCACCUGAUUUACAGGCCAAGGGACUCCUCUUGGUCACCCCUCUGUGCCCCCAGCAUGGGGCUGGCCCUGCAGUGCACCCACCAUCAAGGGCUGGUGUCUCUUGCUCCAGAAUGAGGUCUUCAGGGCGCCACUGCUCGCAGGACCGGGAAGGACCUGGUGCCCUUUGCCUGGAGCGGGAUGGGCAGGGCAGGUCCCUGAGCCUGGGGUCCGAGGGACUGGGCUUCACUCCUCCUGUAGUCCCGGCACUCCUGGCCCACCCCCUAACGUUGCUUGUCUGUGGUGGAGGAAGCAUUAGCUCAGCUGUGGCCCGCACAGCUCCUGGGCCAGGCCCACCUCCCUUCCUUCCCCAGCAGCUGCUGUUAGGUGCACGGUAGACAUGAUGAAGCGACGUCCUUAAAGCAGAUAGCAUUUCCCCUUCACAGUGGGAAAUGAGCCCGCAAGCCGUGUGAGCCGGGGUGGGCAGCGUGUGGGCUGCCCUGAGGCUGCCCCAUCCCUAGGUUUUGGGGGAGCACCCCUUCCCCUUUGGAGGCUGAGCACGGCAUGUGUGGGCACCUUGGUCACACUCCAGAGCUCGCUUCAUUCCCACGAGCGGCACCUGAUCUCCAGUGACAGGGGAGACUGAGGCCUGGCAAAGAGGACCUGUUGCCUUUGUGUAACUGGCCCUAGCAUGGGGGAGGCAUUGACCCCAGGCCUGCCAGGCCUGGCAGCCACAGCCUGGCUGGGUGGAGGUUUACUGCCUUCUGCACCGCUCUGGCUUCUUCCCUGUGCCUGUGAAGAGCUUGGGGCCUGCUUCCUAAUCUGUAAACAUGGGGCGUGUGUCUCAGUGGCUGUGAGCUAGCGAGGGGGCGGCGAGUGAGCCGGCUGCGCAGGUCCUGAGGCCCCAGGCCUCAUUGUUGGCCAACAGGCAGCUGGGGGCGGGCUGUGGCCGCUGAUUAAAGGCCGCCUAGAGCAGCCUGUGCGGCGACAGGUGCCCAGAAGCCCAGGAAGCCGGUCAGUGCCCGCCCCAGGUAAGCUGGUGUGGUGGGGUUGGCAAGGACAGUCUCCCCGGGAGCCUGGGGGCAAGCAGGCAGAGGCCAGCUCGGGGCCAGCACCUGUGUGCCAGGGACGAGGCUGGGGAGGUCGAGCCCAGGGGGAGCUGGGCGCACUGCAUGGGCUCUUUUCGGGUGGCUGCUUGCCUGCUUCCCGGCAGCUGGUUCCAGGGCUGGAGACCCAGAGUGCUAUGCCCCAGGUUCCCAGCCAAGGCAUUCUGGUGAAGGGGCUGGACCCCGCCGAGAUGCAGUCCCUGAGCUGCCUUUGCCUCUCUCAAUCCCUGCUGGGGACUGUGGCUGGAGGCAGGCAGUAGAGCGCUCUGAGGCCUGCCUUUUCUGUUCAGUAGGUGACAGGAGUGGGGCUGAUGCUCCCAGAGCCAAAGGUCACAGGUGCUGUGGUCAGGGGUGGCAGGAAGUGAGCCCCGGAAGGGUCAGAGCUUUGGCUAGGGGGAGGAUGGUACACAGCAGGGCCCAGGCGAACCCCUCUCUCCAGUCCUCAGGGUUUGUGCCUCUCGCUCUGGCAGUUUGAGGACUUGCUGUCCCCGUGGGAACAUCACCAUGUCCGAGGCACCCCGGGCCGAGACCUUUGUCUUCCUGGACCUGGAAGCCACUGGGCUCCCCAGCGUGGAGCCUGAGAUUGCUGAGCUGUCCCUCUUUGCUGUCCACCGCUCCUCCCUGGAGAACCUGGAGCGCGACGAGUCUGGUGCCCCAGUGCUGCCCCGGGUCCUGGACAAGCUCACGCUGUGCAUGUGCCCAGAGCGCCCCUUCACCGCCAAGGCCAGCGAGGUCACCGGCCUGAGCAGCGACGGCCUGGCCCGAUGCCGGAAGGCUGGCUUUGAUGGUGCCGUGGUGCGGACGCUGCAGGCCUUCCUGAGCCGCCAGGCAGGGCCCAUCUGCCUUGUGGCCCACAAUGGCUUUGCUUAUGAUUUCCCCCUGCUGUGUGCCGAGCUGCGGCGCCUGGGUGCCCGCCUGCCCCGGGACACUGUCUGCCUGGACACGCUGCCGGCCCUGCGGGGCCUGGACCGCGCCCACAGCCACGGCACCCGGGCCCGGGGCCGCCAGGGUUACAGCCUCAGCAGCCUCUUCCACCGCUACUUCCGGGCAGAGCCAAGCGCGGCCCACUCAGCCGAGGGCGACGUACACACCCUGCUCCUGAUCUUCCUGCACCGCGCCGCAGAGCUGCUCGCCUGGGCAGAUGAGCAGGCCCGCGAGUGGGCCCACAUCGAGCCCAUGUACUUGCCGCCCGAUGACCCCAGCCUGGAGGCCUGAGCACCAGGGCCACCUCCUGUGCCACGGACAGUGCCAGCCUCCACCGUUCAGCUGGCCUCUACCACCCCCGGUUCCUCCUAUCUGGGCAGCUGCAGGUCUGUGCACCUGCCAGGCCUUCCCUGGCUGCCUGACCAGCCAUACAGCCCUGGAUUCCUCUCCAGGCCCUGCUUCCAGGGCCGUGCUCUCCCGGCCAGGCUGCGUGCCCAGCAGAGUUUGCUGUUUCCCAAUAAACAUUGCCAACUACUCACCCUCUGACUCGCUGGCCAGAUACUAGGGGCUGGGCUCCCUCGGCCCCCCUGCUGAGCAGGGCCAGGCGGUGAGCCAUGCCGGGGCCAGCACAAGACCUCCAGGGCCGCCCCCCUAUGGCCUCUCCCUGCGGUGAGGACCGUGGGUGGCUGGGUAGGGAG